AUGGGUAAUGGCUGUUCUGGCUAAAAAGAAAUGACUGAAAGAUCUUAUUCCUUAAGACAACCUUCAAUAACUUUAACUAAAUUAACAGAGUAAGAGAAGAUGAUCACCCUUAUUCCUGUUAGUUAAUUAACCUAAAUAGAUUUACCAAAUGCAUUACUACCUUCUCCAUCAAGACAGAGUAUCUCUUUUGAAUCUUUAAUGACUUCUAAAGUGAGAGUACCUUCAGAAGAGAGCUAGUUUCAGAAUCAAUUUACUUACACUCAAGAAGUUAAGUUAAUAAAAAGAAAAAGUGAUUAACCACCUCGUCCCUAAAUUUAAGUACAUAAAAAAGAACAUAAAAAAAAAGAAGUAUAUGAAAUAAUACCAAAAUAUCAUUCUUCAAGUCCAAAAAAAAAAAAAAACUAAAAGUCAACAUCACCAUUAGAAAACCUUUAAUUUUAAUAUUAAGACAAUAAAAAAACUAAUAAAAGCAAAAGAAAAAAAUCAUCAACGAGUUAAUAGAAAAUAAAAUAAAUAAAUGAAAUUGAAAUAAUUUAAAGAAGAAAAUAUUCUGAUCUUCCACCUAAAACAGAAAAAACUUUAGUGAAAAGAAAGAUUAGUAAUUCGAUUGAUGAUCAUAAUUUUAUUAUCGGAACAGAAUGUAUUUCAAAAGUGAAAUCUUUUACUCCAAGUCCAAUUUUAAAAAGAAGAGAUUCUGAUAUAGAGACUAAUUCUUUUUAAAAAAAGAUGGUGAGAUUCAAAGAUGUAAAUUAUAGAAGACCAGGUUAUAUUAAUUGA